GAAGAAGAGGAGAUAAUGAUUGCUCAGUCUCAUGAUGAAACUAGUUAUAGGGAGUACGUCUCCAGAGGAUGUGAAAACAAGUGUCAUUCUCACUUUCAUGACACACUUGGACAGUCUGAUGACCUUGUACAUCAUCACCAUGACUACCACCAUAUCUUACAUCAUCAUCAUCACCAAAAUCAUCAUCCACAUAGCCAUUCCCAGCGCUACUCCCGGGAGGAACUAAAAGAUGCUGGCAUUGCCACCUUGGCUUGGAUGGUAAUAAUGGGUGAUGGAUUGCACAACUUCAGUGAUGGUUUAGCUAUUGGAGCAGCAUUUACCGAAGGCUUAUCCAGUGGAUUAAGUACAUCUGUAGCUGUUUUUUGUCAUGAACUACCACAUGAAUUGGGGGAUUUUGCAGUCCUU